AUGGCGGAACACUCCAUGCCGCGAGAGGAGAUCAUUGGGGUUGUGAUUGGGGCCGUGGUGGUGUUUUCCCUGAUCAGCGUGAUCCCAAUGUUGAUCAUGUGGUAUCAUCGACGACGAGCUAUACGAGCUGCCCGCAACCAAAUCGCUCCAGCAGUCUAUCAGGUACCUCUGCAGACUGUGAUGGAUCGAUGGUUGGAAGAACAGAACAUUCCCACCAAUGCUCAACGAUACGGCCAAGACACUUGCCCCAUCUGUCUCUCCGCACUGUCGUCAUCUCCCUAUCCCUGCUGUCCCGAUCCAGCCGUUCUGGCCCAUCACCAACAAUCCGACUUAUGCGGGGCGCACCAUCCCCCGGAGAGCAAAAUCCUCAUUUUGAACCGAUGCAAGCAUGCAUUUCACCUCGCAUGUCUCAGAUCCUGGUUCGAAUACCGUCGAUACAAGUGCCCGAUUUGCCAAGCUUCGUAUUCGCCCGAUGAGGAGGCAUGA